UGCACAUCUACUCGAGCAUUUAUGUUCAAACAUAAGUAUGAAUUGAAUCAUUAAACAAAAACACUAUGUAAAAUCAUAAUAUGAGCAUUUACAGAAUAGAAUCAUGUAUGCUGUCAUAAACUGAAGUUGACUGUGUUAUGUCUAAAUAUUUAUUUAUUUUUGGAUUGUGCAAGAUGAUUAAUGAUAUCGAUAGGAUAAAGAACAUUGUAACAGCGGACACUUUAAUUUGAGGUAGAACAUGACGGAAAGCGUAAGGUCUGAGAUUGCUAAAGUGAAUAGUCAGUUAAAUGUUCCAAUACCAGAUGCUACUUUACAGAAUUAUAUUGAUGAUGUCAUUCAGUGUAAACCUUCUGCUAAAGUACACCCAAGGAGGCAUAGCACAGAUACAACUUCUCACACAGAUGAAUAUAUGAAAAGAUCAAGUCUUUUAUGGAGCAGAACCUGCUCAGAUGCACUGGAGUCACAUGCUCAUAUCACCAUAACUCAUGAGAAACGCAAAAGAACAGCAAGUGCUACUGACUCAAAAACAAACACCAACAAUGGACUUGAAACAACAAGUCCAAUAUUAAGACGCAAUAGGGCAUCAAGUGAGAUAGAAACCACCAAAACAGAGCUUUUAACACAAAACAGGAAAGCAAAGAGUCCAUCACCAAGCAAGAAACAUGAAGUUGCAAGCCAAGUUUAUGCUCCCAGAGAUUUCAAACCUCUUCCUCUUGAAAAACAAUACCCUAUUUCAUCAAUAUAUUUGGAUGUACCUACUAAUAGUAGGAGGGCAAAGAAUGUGGAACAUGUCACAAGACAUAAAGAGCACAUUGGAGAAAAGAAUGAAGGGGCAUUUGGGGGUUCUCCGAAACUGAAACGAAGAUCCUCAAAGUUUAUAAGGAGGAGCUCAAAAGUGUUUACGCGAUCAAAGAAAGCAAUCACAUCUGUUCUGAAGUCAACAAAGUAA